AUGCCGCCACAGGCAGCAGUACCGCCGCCGCCGCCGCGACCGGACCCCGUCACGCUGGACCAGAUUUUUCUCCAGCUCACCGCCGUGGAUGUGCCGUGUGACUCCAAAACUUAUUACCUUGUCGCUCUCAACACGGUGGCCUUCCACCCGUCCGUGAAGCUGUUUCUCUUCGAAGACCCAGCGGCGGCAGCAGCGUCGACGGCGAACGCAGACACGCGCACCACGUCGUCGUCAUCAGCGGCCGCGGCGCUCAACAAGCAACGCCGCGAGAAACUGCUCAAGAGUGUCGCCUUCAUGCUGGCGCAGCGGAACAACGUCAUGUGCCACGAAUCCAGGUGGGAGACGGUGUCGCUGCUCGGGGAGCUGUGCCGCAUGGAGAGUGCGCACAGCGGGGCGCCAACAUCGGCACUGGGGCAGAUCGAGGCGAAGCUAAACAACUACGCCAAGGAGAACCUCGAAUACCUGGCACAGCUGCCAUGGUUUCUGCCCACUAUCAACAGCAUCAUCAAGGCCGGUGGCGGUGCGGUGGACGACGAGGCCAAGGGCGACGCAGGCGAGGCGGCCGAAACGGUGGACAAAGCGCGGCAGCAAGGCGAAACUGGCACUUCCGCUGCCGCCUCCUCUUCCUCCUCACGCUCAACUCUCAAGGAGAGGCUGAAGGCAGCGCGAGAGGCCGGCCGUGGUGGUGCGGACGGCAAUAGCGGCAGUGGGACGGGGGCUGAAGAGGACGAGGACGUCGUAAUUGCGCUUCUCGACAUUCGCCGUGCCCUCCCCACGUGUCACCGCAUAAGCAGCAGCAGCAGCAGCGACAACGCGGAUGUGGUGGUCGAGUGGUCAGACGCGAACAUCGAGCAGGCGCGUGAUCUCAUGUUCGUCGACGCCUCGACCUCGAUGCUGCACCUCAUCCCCAGCGUGGCCCGCGGCUGCAGCGACGUCUGUGCCCAGUGUCAGAAGCGCGUGCCGACUGUGUCCACAUCUGCAGCCAAGCAGCUUCUCCGCUGCAGCAGCUGCAAGGCCGUCUACUACUGCUCUGUCGAGUGCCAGAAGACGCACUGGUCGACGGUUCACCGCACGCCGUGCCGGGCGUACAAGGAGCGAUGCGACAGCAUCCUCGAGCAGUACUACGCCUCGAACAGGACCAAUGGAAAGAAGAAGGGGCUGAAGAGGGAUGAGGUCGUCAUCCUCGAGGUGCCACUGGAGCCGAGCCUCUUCUUCGAGACUCGCCGCUACCUCUACGACCACCGUGAUGAGUCCUUCGCCCACGUCGACUACUCGGACUACUUCAUGAAGUACACCGUGCGAGGGUCGUAA